CGUACAUCAUCACCAGCGCGAGCUGUGCACGAGAACCACAGGAAUCCACACACAACCAUCACUUCUGCUAUAGAUCACUCAGUUGAACAGGAUUUAACCACCUGCUUGUAUUAUCCUAAAGCAUCAACAGAAAAAAACACUGUAAAGACAAACCUUCACUAGAGUCAACAUCCAUCACAUCUUCUCUUGAUGGACCUGAUGCUGUGAGAUGGAGGCUUUCUGAAGUUCUGCUAUCACAGGAUCUUAAGGAAUAACGCGCGUCAAUAUGAACUCCAGAUUGAAAAACAAUUAAAAGUGAAGGAGAAGUGGACGAGAAGACGAUUCCUGAAAGUGAGGGAACCCUCAAAGAUUUAUUUUAUUCAUUUUUGCCUCACUCCGUACGCUGGACGCAUCCAUCAUCUGUAUUCAUGUAGGUGAUUUGUUCUUGGACAGCGUCGAGUGGAUUUAAAGCAUGGACGAUCAAAGGCAUUUAAUGCAGAGUCUGGGCGGUGUGACCCUCACUGGACACCCAAGCACUGAUGGAGGAGGCACAAGAAACAAACACGAGAUUGGAGAUAUUUUACAUCAGAUCAUGACCAUCACCGACCAGAGCCUGGAUGAGGCUCAAGCAAAAAAGCAUGGAUUGAACUGUCACAGAAUGAAGCCGGCUCUGUUCAGUGUGCUCUGUGAGAUUAAAGAGAAAACAGGUCUCAGUGUUCGCAGCGGUCAGGACGAGGAUCCUCCCGACGCUCAGCUCAUGCGUCUGGAUAACAUGCUGCUGGCGGAGGGCGUGUCUGGACCGGAGAAAGGGAGCGGGGCGGCAGCGGUCACCGCGGCAACAGCAGCAUUGGGGGUCGGAGCAGAUAACUCCAUCGAACACUCGGACUACAGAGCCAAACUCACCCAGAUCAGACAGAUCUACCACACAGAACUGGAGAAAUAUGAGCAGGCAUGCAAUGAAUUUACCUCCCAUGUGAUGAACCUGUUGAGAGAGCAGUCUCGUACCCGUCCCGUCUCGCCCAAAGAGAUCGAGCGCAUGGUGAACAUCAUCCAUCGCAAGUUCAGCUCCAUCCAAAUGCAACUGAAGCAGAGCACCUGUGAGGCUGUCAUGAUCCUCAGAUCUCGAUUCCUCGACGCCAGGAGGAAACGGCGUAACUUUAGCAAGCAUGCGACAGAGAUUCUGAACGAGUAUUUUUAUUCUCAUCUCAGUAAUCCGUAUCCCAGUGAGGAGGCUAAAGAAGAGCUGGCUAAAAAGUGUGCCAUCACAGUUUCACAGGGGAAGGCAAAUAGCAUCACUGUGUCACAGGUGUCUAACUGGUUUGGUAAUAAACGUAUUCGCUAUAAGAAGAAUAUUGGUAAAUUUCAGGAAGAGGCGAAUCUCUACGCUGCUAAAACAGCAGUAACAGCAACCCAGGCCGUGGCUGCAGCUGUCCAGAACAGUCAAACUAACUCACCGUCAACACCCGGCUCUGGAUUUCAGAUGAAAGAUGAAGAGUUUCAGUUGGAUACAGCAGAAGAUAAAACCCCUUUGUUAAACAGCUUGUUCACUGGUUCCUCAGGUUCAUAUGGAGAUGUGUUCAUGAAUCUGACCAGUCUGAAUGGAAACUCAUACCAGUCUGCCCAGCUCACCAGUACAGGACACACACAGGGAGACUCCAUACGUCACAGUAUCAGUCAGUCAUUGGGUUACAGUGAUGGUCUGCGGGGAAAUCCACUUUACAGCCCUCAUGGAUUAAAUGGUAACGGUGGCUGGCAUGAUGCUGUGACUCCAUCUUCUGUAACAUCUCCUAUAGAAGGAACAAACAGUGUUCAUUCAGAUACAUCUAACUGAUGAUACAGAUGUAUACAGACUCAACAUCACAGCUUUUACAGUUCUUCAUUAACCUUGACCUGAUGAACAACAUCAUACCAAACUGAACCCACAGUGACAUCAUCCGACUCAUCAUCAUAGAGAUGAACUCAUGCCUGACAUGUAAGAUAUUUGGAUGAUCUUGGUUUUUAAUAUAUCUUCUUAUUAGACUGAAAGUUUGGGGAUUUUUUUUACAUUUGUAUUCAUUUGACUUGAAAGAUUAAUGUUAUUCUUAAUAAAUGUUAUCUUAAUAAAUUGACACACGUGACAUUCAGUCAUACAUAUUUAUGAUCUAGAAACAAAACAAAUCUUCCGUUUCAGUUCUACAGUAAACACACAUGUGUGUCUGAAUCUCUCACAGGGUUAUUGAUAAGAGUUAAACUGUACUACUGUAUAAACCUGCAUUGUGGGUUUAAAAGAGUUAAAUAUUCAUCUGGAGAUGAAUGUGACCCUAGACCAUUUUUUUUUUAAAUUUAUACAUCAUCUGAAAGCUAAAUAAAUAAGCUUUUCUAUUGAUGUAUGGUUUGUUAGGAUAUGACAAGGAUAUUUGGCCAAAACCAUAUAAAUCAUAUAAAUGUUGUUAUUAUUAUAUAAAUAUUGAUAAAAUUGCCUUUAAUAUUUGCCAAAUGAAGUCCUUAGCAACACAUGUUACUAAUGAUAAAUACAUGUUUUUAUAUAUUUAUGGUAGGAAAUUCACAAAAUAUCUUUAUGGAACAUGAUCUUUACUUAAUAUCCUAAUGAUUUUUGGCAUAAAAAUCAAUAAUUUUGACCCAUACAAUGUAUUGUUGGCUAUUGCUACAAAUGUACCUGUCUGACUUAUGGUCCAGGGUCACAAAUGUCAGUGAUUUACUUAAUUACCAGCAAUUUGAAUUAACACUUGGAAAUAUAAAACUUUAUUUAAUGCAAUUGCAAAUUCAUCCCGACCAAUGAAAACUCUGUUAUUAUAUUGAAAUUGAUUCUGCUUUGAAGUUAACUCUUUCCCCGCCAGGGUUUUUGAAAAAAGUGGCCAGCCAGCACCAACAUUUUCCAUCAUUUUCACAAAAGUUUAAUGCCAUCCAGAAAAUUUCAUCCUACCUUCAUUAGUUCUCUUUUUAUAACCUCUCAAAUAUGGGUAGGUUUUUUCAAAAACAAAAUUUGAGAUAAUAAAAUUUUUGUGAAGGACUUUUGAUAGAGAUCAGAUUCAGAGCGAUCCUUAAAACUUACACAGACAUACAGCUGUUUGCCCUAGGGCCAUACUUCCAGGUUUAUAAGCUGCGGAAGAUAAAAGCGGUAUUUCGGAAAGCCAGAAAAACUCGUCAUUGGCAGGGAAGCGUUGUCUCUUAAUUGACAAGUUAAGCAUGUAAGAGUUAAGCAUGUUUCCUUUAAUUAUUAAAUUAUUUAAUAAAAUCAUCUAACAGAUAUCAUCAAAAGGGAUAAAUUAUUAUUUGAAACAAGCAAUUAAACACAAUCACUUGAUCAUCAAGCACACAUGCUUUAUAUCUACAAUGACAUGUAUUCAUUUCUGAAUGUUAUUCUUUUUGAAAUCUUAGAUUCUCUGUAUGAGAUGCUGUUUGAUUCUCUAAACUUUGACAAACUUUUUUACUUCAUCAGUUCAUUCAGGUUGUUCAUAAGUUGCAGUAUGAUGUUAUUAGAGGUUGUGAUAAAUAAAAAACAACUUUUGUUAUGUUUUAACAUUGGUAUGUUUUAAAGGGGACAUAUCAUGAAAAUCUGACUUUCUUCAUGUUUAAGUGCUAUAAUUGGGUCCUUUGUGCUUCUAUCAACUUAGAAAAAAUGAUAAAGAUCAACCCAGGAACUUAGUUUUGGUAAACCAUUCUCUGCAAACAUGUGAAUAAAUAGCUCAUUGAAAUUUGGCUCCCCUGUGAUGUCAGAAGGGGAUCAUAUUAUAAUAAUACCGCCCCUUAAUCUGCACUAUCCAACCACGGCAAUACCAUUUAGUACAGAGAUCAAUUCAUUUACAUUUUAAAGGACACACCCAAAAACAGCUAAUUUUUGCUCAUGCCUUCAAAGUGUCAAUUUUAACAUGCUAUAAUAAAUUAUCUGUGGUGUAUUUUGAGCAAGAACUUCACAUACGCAGUCUGGGGACACCAAAGGCUUAUUUUACAUCUUAAAAAAGUCUUCUUAUCUGUUGUGAAAUGUCCUCUUUAAGGACCCAAAACCGCUUUCUGUGUAAAAUAAUUCAUGUAAUCUUAGUUUUGAUAAAUGAAAUACUUUGUAUCUGGCAGACGUUUCAAUAAACAUUUCAAUUUGA